AUUCCUGAAGAUGUGCAAAAGCUGAAACAUCUGCGUAUUCUUGAUUUGUCUUGUAAUGGUAUUCACAGUUUGGACCCUUGGAUAGGUCUGCUGAGCAGUUUGAAGCUAUUGAAUGUUAGCGGGAAUAAAUUAGUCCAUUUACCAACCGACAUCACGUUACUAACAAAGCUCGAGGUUCUUAACGUGUCAAUGAACCGUCUAACCAGCCUUAUCUCUUCCUCGAGUUCGGCCAACUUUGAAACCUUGAGAAAUCUGAGGACUGUUGAUCUAUCAGGGAACAAUAUUUCCGAGUUUCCUGUGGAAUUAUGCUCGGAGGCUAUCCCACUUGACUUGCUUGAUCUUUCGAAAAACGACAUUGCUAUAGUUCCUACAUGCAUCGAAUCCCUUCAGGCAAUAGAGCUCAAUCUCAACAGCAAUAAAGUCAGUGUUGUUGCUGAGUCGAUUGGAAAAUGCCCAAGGCUAAGAGUGCUUCGGUUGGCGCACAAUCGGCUGAGACUGGAGGACUUCCCACUGGAAAUAUUGGAAAAGUCUAACGUAUCCCUACUCGCAAUCGAAGGCAAUCCUCUGUCCGUAAAAGCAUUGCAAGAGCAUCCAUCCUACGCUAAGUAUAUGGAACGAUACACGGCCACAAAGCGAAAAGCGAUGCCAUAA